AUGAAACUUUCUUCGGUCUUUGUGUUAAUUCCUCUUUUUAUCAGCGGCGUUUCUGGGAAACUGAUCCAGGCCGCUGCAGGAGACGAUGUAAAGUUUCCCCUCACAGAGGAGUGCAUGAAAGGAAGAGGCACGCUGAAACGUCGCCUGCAGGACGACAGCCUUCAUUCAGUCGGGGAUCUCGACGGCAGCUGGAAGCCGGCUCCAGGUUAUAUUAACAGGUUUUCCCAAAGCAGCGACUCUGUGAUACUGACCAGUGCAGACAUCAGUGAUGAAGGCUAUUACGAGUUUGACUGCAACAACAAGAAAGAAGAGAGUGCACAGCUGCAGGUGUUCAUACCUUCUGAUGUUUUUGUACACGAGGGCGAGGAUGCCAUCCUCCCGUGUCGCUCCAUCACAGCAGGUCAGUGGGUGAAGUCUGUGCGCUGGAGGAGAGAUGGAGAGGUGGUGCUGGUGCUGGAUGUCCGGUCGGGGAAAACCACAUCUGGAAACGGCUUUGAUGAAAGCCGGGUCUCAAUACCAUCAGACUGGAACCAACGAGCAAACCUGUCCCUCAUCAUAAAGCGAGCCGAGGCGAGAGACGGAGGAGUUUAUUACUGUGACCUCGACAAAGUGGAGAAACACCGCUCCGCUGUCCGCCUGCACGUCUCCACACCACCAACACCACCAACACCACCGAGCAGCACAUCACAGCCUACAACCACAGAGAGGCCAUCAGAGUGCUCUGACUGGUCGUGGAGAACAUUCUUCAUAACAGCAGCUGUAUUUGUGAUCGUUGGCCUGCUUGUUUGGCUCUGCUGGUUUCUGAGGAACAGGAAAUUCAAUGUGUGCACUCGAGGUUUUGGUGGAGGAUCCUCAGAGCAGGAAGAAGAAGAAAACUUGAAAAAUGUUACCAUCAGUAAUGGUGAUGGAAACCUCUGCAACGGCACAGAGGAGGAAGAGGAGGGACUGAAGAGGGCAGAGAAUCAGACUGUGACCAACAACACAUGCUAAAGUCAAACAGGAACCCUGACUUUAUAAAUGAUGAGCCGAAAAAGAAAAACAACUCAACCCUUAAAGUGUAGAAGAAAAGAUGAACGUCCACUCGCUUUCUUUCGAAGCUCCUCAGAUCACUUUACAAAAUUCUUCCUUCUUCAGAACCGUUUUAUUGCAG